UCAAACGAUCAAAACUUGGGGGAAAACAUGGGAAACCAGCUUCAAGGUAUCGCACAGGGUGCAGACGAGAGCGUACCAAGAAAGAAAACCACUACUACAAAUACACAAGCAAAUAGUGGAAUUCCGAGCGACACCAGCGUACAUAACAACACUGAUGUGCAUGGUACUCGUUUUCAGACUGCUGUUUCAGCCGCAGACAGGGCGAUGCCAAGCAAUCCAGUUAUUCGUGGCAACAUCACAGUCAGUGGCAAUGCCAAUGUACAGAUAGGAAACAAUCAAACGAUGAAUGUGCCUGUACGCUCUGUUGCACGGGAAACCGAAACAGCGGUUACAGCAAGUGAUACUCACAGCUCGAUCCCCGAAUCAAACGUCAAUGAUUGCAUUAAUGUCCACUGUUCCGCUGCCACUCGUAUGCCACGCCCUGAAGUUCGGUGUGCACAGGAGGAGUGCCACGAUAAGCGAAUGCAGAAUGUGGCAGAAGUUCCGUCAUUAUCAUGUAGACAAGCGUCUAACAUGACGAAUAGAAAUUAUACCAGACCCCAUGAAUGUACAGAUCAACGAAUAGAUGAAGAAGGAGUGAACUAUCGCGAUCAUAUAAAUAAUUUGAUUUGACAAUCUCAAUACUAUGAGAGGAGCAAUUGCUAAAAAAAUGGCAAGCG